GAUUAACCACUAUGAAAUCGUUAUUUUCUAGGGAAACGGAGACAACAAAAGUAUAUGAUUAUAUUAUUUGAAAUAAUAAUAUGAAUAAUAUGACAAUUACAUAUAUUAAAUCAUCCUGGUAAAAUAAUAUUUUAUAUGUAUCUUGAAAAGCAUUUUAGUAAGAACAAUGUGUGAUUCUUGUAAAUCAUGUGACAAUCACAACACUUUGUAAAUAAUAUGAUGAUACAUCCAUAUCAAACGUGAUUUAUACACCUGUAAAUAAUAAGUCUAUUUAGUCAAGUAGUUUGAAUUUGAAUGAUAAAUCAUAUAAUCAAAUGAAGCAACCUACUUACUACUAAGAAUGAAUAAGUUAUAAACUGCAGAUGGGCUUAUUACUCGUUAAGCCCACUGAGUUUACGCGUGUUUAAUCAAACGAAGCCCACAUGGAUUUUUAAUUAAAUCCGACGGAUUAAACGAAAAGGUGCGAAUGAGACGUAAACGAACGAACACGACCAUUUGAAACCAGCGGCCCAUAACUACCGUGGCUCACAAGAAAGCUAUAUAAGGAUUACUUCCACCGAUUAUGAAAACAUAGUUUUCGAAAGGUUUUUACGAAAUGACUAAUCCUGAGAAAAUGAAAGUGGACGGUGAUACUGAGAAAGAGAAGGAAGACUCCUCCGAUGAGCAAUGGAGCGACGAAGAAUCCGCCAUGAGAGAAAUCGUUCUCGGUCUCCCUGCUCUAUCGAUCAGCAGCGCAACCUUCGGUGUUAGUAUCGCCGUCGAUGAAGAGGAAGAGGCGCGUCUGAACGAGCAAGCGGUUGUUGCGGCGGAGUUGGUCAUCGCUGCGGCAGAGGAAGCGGUUAUGAAAGAGAAGAGCGAUGGCAAAAAGAAGAAAGUGAGGAGACAGAGGAAGACGAUGAAGCUUAAUAACGACGAUGAAGCGGGUGGUUCGAGUAAAGGUGGAGAAGCGAAGAAAAAGCAGAGGAAGAAGACUUCAGAGUUCACUAAUCUGCCAAGAGGACCACCCGUUUGUAACGUCUGUGGAAGAGCAUUUCACUCGUGGAAGGCUGUGUUCGGACAUCUGAGGUCUCACAAAGACAGGAGCUAUCGCGGGUUUCUCCCGCCUCCUAGAUUCUCUGCGCCGAUUAGAGGCGUCAUGAUUCCAGGACCGAACUCUGCUUUUGUUCGUGUUGUUGCCCGAGGAGGGAGCUCUGGUGGGGUUGUUGCCGCCGGUGGCGGUGGUGGUGGACCUGGUGGUGGUGCUAGUGGUGGCGAAGGUGGGAGAGGUGUAGGGAUUGUUAUGGAUGUGGAUCGAGUGGAGGAAGAGAAGCAGGAAGUGACUGAAUCUGGAACCGCAGCGAAGUUUGAUCUUAAUAAGUCUCCACCGAAAGAUGAUGACGAGGAAGAGGACAAAACCAAGUGAAGAUGUUAUCUUGUUUUUUUUCCUGUUUUGGACUAGGUUCGGAUUGUUUUUGUUGUUAUUGCUUUUGUGUGCAACACUUUCUAUUUAUGGAAAUUUACUUUGGGACAGGCU